AGCACUGCCCAUAUUUUAUAUUUACAUCCGCUGCGCCUGCGCCACCUAGUUAGUUAAGCAAACGCUGUUGAAGAAGCUGCUGCUGCGUUUGUGUGGGUGAGGUUGAGGGGAGGGCAUUUCCCGUAAUUUGGUAAAAGGGUUGCUUUUUAUAGGGUGCACCACCCCUCUUUCCCGCCCAUCCCAAUGCUCUUCUUUUCUCUCUCUGUGGCCUCUUGGGAGUUCAACCAAAAGGAAGGUCGGAAAAAGAGCGACAGGUUGGGUUGUUUGUAGUUGUGUACCCUAUGCAUACGCAUAUACGCAAACACUAGCACUAGCACCAGCACCAGCACCAGCACCAGCAUUACAUAUCCAAUUCCGCUAAUGGAUCCGGAAGCCCUCUCAGCAACUUUGUUCAAAUGGGAUCCUCGAGGAGUGGUGGGGGGCGGCAGCGGUGCAUCCCUCCCAGCACCACUACCCCCCUACUCGCUGCGCCCCAGGGAGUUGGGACUAGGAGGCCUGGAGGAGUUGUUCCAGGCUUACGGUAUCAGGUACUACACCGCCGCUAAAAUUGCGGAACUCGGAUUCACCGUCAGCACCCUCCUGGACAUGAAAGACGAAGAGUUGGAGGACAUGAUGAACAGCCUCUCUCACAUUUUCCGUUGGGAGCUUCUGGUGGGUGAGAGGUACGGAAUUAAGGCGGCUAUAAGAGCCGAGCGCAGACGUCUAGAUGACGAGAUCGACCCCUCCAGGCGCCGUCACCUCUUGUCCAACGACACCACCACCAACGUCGUCCUCGAUGCCCUCUCUCAGGAAGGGCUAUCGGAGGAGCCGGUGCAGCAGGAGAAGGAGGUGGUGGGAAGCGGAGGCGGAGGAGGAGCGUGGGAGGCAGUUGCAGCAGCUGAGAUGAGGAAGAAGCAGCGGAGGAGAAACGUAUCGAAGAAGAAGCAGGUGAUAGUGAUGGAGGAGGAUAAUGAGGAAACCGAGGGAGGUGGGGAGGAGGAGGAGAAUAUGGAAGUCAGCGAGAGACAGCGGGAGCAUCCAUUCAUCGUAACCGAACCAGGGGAGGUUGCACGGGGAAAGAAGAACGGCCUCGACUAUCUCUUCCACCUCUAUGAGCAGUGUCGUCAAUUUUUGAUCCAGGUCCAGAACAUCGCCAAGGAACGAGGAGAAAAAUGCCCCAAUAAGCAGGUGACGAACCAGGUGUUUAGAUACGCGAAGAAGGCGGGAGCAAGUUACAUAAACAAGCCCAAAAUGAGACACUACGUGCACUGCUAUGCGCUGCAUUGUCUGGACGAGGAAGCGUCGAAUUCAUUGAGGAGGGUUUUCAAAGAAAGGGGCGAAAAUGUGGGAGCUUGGCGACAGGCAUGCUAUAAGCCUCUGGUAGCCAUAGCAGCUGCCCAAGGUUGGGACAUCGAUGCCAUUUUCAACGCACAUCCACACCUCGCCAUCUGGUACGUGCCUACCAAACUCCGCCAACUCUGCCACGCCGAGCGCAACAGUUCCACAGCCUCCACCUCCGCUGCCGCCGCUCUCUUGCCUUUUUAAUUUCACACUCUCUUCACUCCAAUCCAAAACCUUCAUCUUGUAUCAUCAGAUCAGACACUGUCGGAAUAUCGAAUGCAAUGCUACCGUUUUGUUUUCGUAUCAUGCAUUCAUAUCUACUAAUAACUUCCGUCUC